AUGUUUCAAUUAGAGAGCAAUGAAAGCAACAAGAAAAGUAUUAAAACACCUGUAGAGCAUCAAAACAGCUACAAAAAUAUGAUGAAACAAGAUUUUCUUUUUCUAGUGGAAGAAAAUGAAGAAAUUCAUUUCAAAAUUGGCUCUGACGCCGAAUGUUGCAUAUGCUGCGAUGGGCUGGGUAACACACCUGAAAGCGUCUACUUGAGAGAUUGCAGACAUGUUUUCCACCUACACUGCUUGAAGAGACUCUAUUUAACAAAUAACCAACUCAAAUUUCCUUUCUGUUGGACGGUGUACGAGAUGAAGUUUGGAGGCCAUCAGGAUGACGAAAAGGUUGAACGGACAAGUCUAAAUGACGAAGAUGAAGAUGGCGAGAUUAUCAUUAACAUUUUGAGUGACGAAGAUAACGAUGUAGAUGAAUACGAUGGUGAUGGUGAAAUGAAGAGGAAAAAAAAAGGAGAAGAAGAUGAUGGUGAAGAUGACUACUACGAUGAUGAGAAAGAAGAUGAUGAUGACGAGACAGAAGAACUACCACAUGAAAACAUCGAGGAUACAGUAAACGAUUUAUUUUACUUUUUCAACAUAUCUGAAGAUGCUGACGAAGAUGAAUCUUCAGUAGAAGCUAAUGAUGAAAAUGUAGAAGCUGAUGAAGAUGAUGAUAAAAUUGUUGCUGAAGUUGGAAGAGAAGAAAAAGAAGAUGAAAAUAUGGUAGAAGUUUAUGUUGAAGAUGAAUCCUUAAUAGAAGCUGAUGAUGAAAAUGUAGAAGUUGAUGAAGAUGAUGAUGAAAUUGCUGCUGAAGUUGAAGGAGAAGAUGAAGAAGAUGAAAAUGUGGUAGAGGUUUAUGAUGAAGAUGAACAUGUAGAUGAAGUUUAUGAAGAUGAUGAUUACGAUUUUGCGGAAGGUGAUGGCUGCGAUAAACUACUAAGAGCUUAUGUACAAGUACAUGUCAAAUAUUCAGAAAACUGUGUAUACUAUAUUGUUUUCAAUGGUGCAAAUGAUGAUGGUAGUGAUAAAGAUGAUGAUGAUGGGGAUGGCGAUGAUGAUGAUGACGAUGACGACGACGAUGAUGAUGACGAUGGUGAUGAUACGAAUAAACUAACACGUGAAAAUGUUGAAGAUGCUGGAAAUGACAUUCUCAUUAUUAAUCUGGAUGAUGAAGAUUAUGAUGAUAAUAAAGAUGGUAAUAAGGAUGAUGAUAAAGAUGAAGAUGAUGAUGAAGAUGAUGGUGAUGAUGAGGAUGAGGAUCAUGAUGAUGCAAAUGACCUAGCAAACGAAAAUGAUAUUAUCGUUAUUAUUAAUUUGGAUGAUGAAAAUUAUGAUGAUAAUGAAGAUGGUAAUAAUAUUAAUGAUGAAGAUGAAGAAGAUGAUGAUAAAGAUAAAGAUGAUGAUGAAGAUGAUGGAAAAUUAUUUUACGUGAGGAAAAAUAUUGAAGAGAUGAAAAUGCCUGUGAUUACGAUUCAAGAUGUUGAGAACAAACUGAAAAAUCUGAAAAUAAUGAAAAGUCAGAACCAGAUGGAACACACCUUCGUAUCCGCAAAGAGUGUAAAACAUAAUUGUCAGCACGCAAGUGCAGCAUGUUCAACUUGUCACUGA